AUGUUGAAAAACGUGCUAUACACAAUAUUCUUGUUUAUAAUCCAAGUAAUAUCAGCUUAUGAUGUCUAUGGUUUAGAUGUAUCAAAAGGUCCUAUCAAUCUUUCCAUAGGUAACAUUCAUAUUCAUACAGGGGGUUACUGGUCCAUUAUUGAUAACACAAUAUCUGCCCUUGUUGGAGAUUUGAAGGUUGAGAGGGGCGGUGGAUUCUUCAUUUCCACAUUCAACGAAUUGAUAGGUUUGCAAGUACUUUUGUUGGGUUUAUUGAACUCAAUUGAGAAUGAUGGUAUCAUUGCAUUUAAUUCUUUAAAAACCCUCAUACCACCUAUUUACAAUUUAAUUGGAUUGACCUUCAGAAAUACUGGUGAGGUGUACUUGGCUGCUGAUGGUACGCUUCCACCAUUCAUUGGUUUAACUGCACCUACUUGGACCAAUAAUGGCUUAGUCGUUAUUUACCUUAACAAGAGAUCGACUACUUUGGUUAACUUGGGGGCUGUUUUAUCCAGAGUUGAAAACGACGGUACCAUUUGUUUCAAUAACGUUGUUUAUCAACAAUUGACAAGUAUUCAAGGUAAUGGUUGUAUUGUUGCAAACAGAGAUUCUACAAUCUACAUCACCAAUGCGUUGCUACCAAUCCCCAAGGAGCAAACUUUUUUCUUGGCAGAUCAUAAAAGCUCAAUCGUUGUCGAACCUUUGAGCAUUCCUGCAAGGUUCACUGUUAAAGGUUUUGGAUGGGGAAACAAGAUUGGUUUGAGUAUCCCGCUUUUGAAGAUACCAAUUUUGGGAAAGCGUGCAGUUGACUAUAACCCAUUUACUGGUAUAUUGACUUUGAGAGGAUUAGGUUUGGGCCUUUUAUCACAAGAGUUUGACAUUGGAAGGGGUUAUGAUAAAAGAAGGUUUCAAGUGGUGACUGAUAAUGGUGCUGGUAUCCCUCUUAUGCUUUGGGGGUCUGUCGAGUACAAUGGUCCUAUCCCUAACCCACAUAGACCUGCUAUCUGUAUGUGCAAAGAUCCUCCAGAGCCACCAACGACUGGUGAGUCAUUAACAUCUCUACCAGCACCUUUGACAACGGUAACAUCAGUUUUAGUCACGCUGCCAACAAUAGAGACUCCUAGUGUUACUGACAUUCCUGUGUCGCGUGAUUUAUCGUCUACUGACGACGAGACAACUGGAAAUGGUGGCCAGACUUCUCCAACUGACGGCGGUAAUGGUGGUCAAACAUCUCCAACUGAUGGUGGUAAUGGCGGUGAGCCAACUGACGGCGGUAAUGGUGGUGAGCCAACUGACGGCGGUAAUGGCGGCCAGACUUCUCCAACUGACGGCGGUAAUGGUGGCGAGCCAACUGACGGCGGUAAUGGUGGUCAAACAUCUCCAACUGAUGGCGGUAAUGGUGGUGAGCCAACUGACGGCGGUAAUGGUGGUCAAACGUCUCCAACUGAUGGUGGUAAUGGCGGUGAGCCAACUGACGGCGGUAAUGGUGGUCAAACAUCUCCAACUGACGGCGGUAAUGGCGGCCAGACUUCUCCAACUGACGGCGGUAAUGGUGGCGAGCCAACUGACGGCGGCAAUGGUGGUCAAACAUCUCCAACUGACGGCGGUAAUGGCGGCCAGACUUCUCCAACUGAUGGCGGUAAUGGUGGCGAGCCAACUGACGGCGGUAAUGGUGGUCAAACAUCUCCAACUGACGGCGGUAAUGGCGGCCAGACUUCUCCAACUGAUGGCGGUAAUGGUGGCGAGCCAACUGACGGCGGUAAUGGUGGUCAAACAUCUCCAACUGAUGGCGGUAAUGGUGGUGAGCCAACUGACGGCGGUAAUGGUGGUCAAACGUCUCCAACUGAUGGUGGUAAUGGCGGUGAGCCAACUGACGGCGGUAAUGGUGGUCAAACAUCUCCAACUGACGGCGGUAAUGGCGGCCAGACUUCUCCAACUGACGGCGGUAAUGGUGGCGAGCCAACUGACGGCGGCAAUGGUGGUCAAACAUCUCCAACUGACGGCGGUAAUGGCGGCCAGACUUCUCCAACUGAUGGCGGUAAUGGUGGCGAGCCAACUGACGGCGGUAAUGGUGGUCAAACAUCUCCAACUGACGGCGGUAAUGGCGGCCAGACUUCUCCAACUGAUGGCGGUAAUGGUGGCGAGCCAACUGACGGCGGUAAUGGUGGUCAAACGUCUCCAACUGAUGGUGGUAAUGGCGGUGAGCCAACUGACGGCGGUAAUGGUGGUCAAACGUCUCCAACUGAUGGCGGUAAUGGUGGCGAGCCAACUGAUGGUGGUAAUGGCGGUGAGCCAACUGACGGCGGUAAUGGCGGCCAGACUUCUCCAACUGAUGGCGGUAAUGGUGGCGAGCCAACUGAUGGUGGUAAUGGCGGUGAGCCAACUGACGGCGGUAAUGGCGGCCAGACUUCUCCAACUGAUGGUGGUAAUAAUGGCGAGCCAACUGACGGCGGCAAUGGUGGUCAAACAUCUCCAACUGAUGGUGGUAAUGGCGGUGAGCCAACUGACGGCGGUAAUGGCGGCCAGACUUCUCCAACUGAUGGCGGUAAUGGUGGCGAGCCAACUGAUGGUGGUAAUGGCGGUGAGCCAACUGACGGCGGUAAUGGCGGCCAGACUUCUCCAACUGAUGGCGGUAAUGGUGGCGAGCCAACUGAUGGUGGUAAUGGCGGUGAGCCAACUGACGGCGGUAAUGGCGGCCAGACUUCUCCAACUGACGGCGGUAAUGGUGGCGAGCCAACUGACGGCGGCAAUGGUGGUCAAACAUCUCCAACUGACGGCGGUAAUGGCGGCCAGACUUCUCCAACUGAUGGCGGUAAUGGUGGCGAGCCAACUGACGGCGGUAAUGGUGGUCAAACAUCUCCAACUGACGGCGGUAAUGGCGGCCAGACUUCUCCAACUGAUGGCGGUAAUGGUGGCGAGCCAACUGACGGCGGUAAUGGUGGUCAAACGUCUCCAACUGAUGGUGGUAAUGGCGGUGAGCCAACUGACGGCGGUAAUGGUGGUCAAACGUCUCCAACUGAUGGCGGUAAUGGUGGCGAGCCAACUGAUGGUGGUAAUGGCGGUGAGCCAACUGACGGCGGUAAUGGCGGCCAGACUUCUCCAACUGAUGGCGGUAAUGGUGGCGAGCCAACUGAUGGUGGUAAUGGCGGUGAGCCAACUGACGGCGGUAAUGGCGGCCAGACUUCUCCAACUGAUGGCGGUAAUGGUGGCGAGCCAACUGAUGGUGGUAAUGGCGGUGAGCCAACUGACGGCGGUAAUGGCGGCCAGACUUCUCCAACUGAUGGUGGUAAUAAUGGCGAGCCAACUGACGGCGGCAAUGGUGGUCAAACAUCUCCAACUGAUGGUGGUAAUGGCGGUGAGCCAACUGACGGCGGUAAUGGCGGCCAGACUUCUCCAACUGACGGCGGUAAUGGCGGCCAGACUUCUCCAACUGACGGCGGUAAUGGCGGCCAGACUUCUCCAACUGACGGCGGUAAUGGUGGCGAGCCAACUGACGGCGGUAAUGGUGGUCAAACAUCUCCAACUGAUGGCGGUAAUGGUGGUGAGCCAACUGACGGCGGUAAUGGCGGCCAGACUUCUCUAACUGAUGGUGGUAAUGGCGGUGAGCCAACUGACGGCGGUAAUGGCGGCGAGCCAACUGACGGCGGUAAUGGCGGUGAAGGUACACCAACUGAUGGUGGAAAUGGUGGUAAAGGUACUCCAACUGACGGCGGUAAUGGCGGUGAAGGUACACCAGCUGAUGGUGGAAACGGUGGUGAAGGUACUCCAACUGACGGCGGUAAUGGCGGUGAGCCAACUGACGGCGGCAAUGGUGGCGAGCCAACUGAUGGUGGUAAUGGCGGUGAGCCAACUGAUGGUGGUAAUGGCGGUGAGCCAACUGACGGCGGUAAUGGCGGUGAAGGUACACCAACUGAUGGUGGAAACGGUGGUGAAGGUACUCCAACUGACGGCGGUAACGGUGGUAAUGGCGGUGAAGUGCCAGGUGACAAUGGAGCUGGCGCUGGUGACAACGGAGCUGGUGUUCCAGGUGACAACGGAGCUGGUGUUCCAGGUGACAACGGAGCUGGUGUUCCAGGUGACAAUGGAGCUGGCGCUGGAGGACCAGGCGAUAAUGGAACUGGCGCUGGUGACAAUGGAGCUGGUGUUCCAGGUGAUAAUGGAGCUGGUGUUCCAGGUGACAACGGAGCUGGUGUUCCAGGUGAUAAUGGAGCUGGCGCUGGUGACAAUGGAGCUGGCGCUGGAGGACCAGGCGAUAAUGGAACUGGCGCUGGUGACAAUGGAGCUGGUGUUCCAGGUGACAAUGGAGCUGGAGCUGGAGGACCGGGCGAUAAUGGAGCUGGCGCUGGUGACAAUGGAGCUGGCGCUGGAGGACCAGGCGAUAAUGGAGCUGGCGCUGGUGACAAUGGAGCUGGCGCUGGUGACAACGGAGCUGGUGUUCCAGGUGACAACGGAGCUGGUGUUCCAGGUGACAAUGGAGCUGGUGUUCCAGGUGAUAAUGGAGCUGGCGCUGGUGACAAUGGAGCUGGCGCUGGAGGACCAGGCGAUAAUGGAACUGGCGCUGGUGACAAUGGAGCUGGUGUUCCAGGUGACAAUGGAGCUGGAGCUGGAGGACCAGGCGAUAAUGGAGCUGGCGCUGGUGACAAUGGAGCUGGCGCUGGUGACAACGGAGCUGGUGUUCCAGGUGACAACGGAGCUGGUGUUCCAGGUGACAAUGGAGCUGGUGUUCCAGGUGAUAAUGGAGCUGGCGCUGGUGACAAUGGAGCUGGCGCUGGAGGACCAGGCGAUAAUGGAACUGGCGCUGGUGACAAUGGAGCUGGCGCUGGUGACAACGGAGCUGGUGUUCCAGGUGACAACGGAGCUGGUGUUCCAGGUGACAAUGGAGCUGGUGUUCCAGGUGAUAAUGGAGCUGGCGCUGGUGACAAUGGAGCUGGAGCUGGCGCUGGUGACAAUGGAGCUGGAGCUGGAGGACCUGGUGACAAUGGAGCUGGAGCUGGUGACAAUGGAGCUGGCGCAGGUGACAACGGAGCUGGAGCUGGAUCUGGUGAUACAGGGGAUAAUGGAGCUGUCUCCGAGUUGGAAAACGCUGCAUUCUCUUUCAAACCCAACAAAGUUUUGAUCUCAGUUGCUGGUAUUCUUGCUGCAUACGCCAUGGUAUAG